CCAGACAGACCUCAGACCGGGGUGGGCGGGGCUCGAGGCCCGAAGGCGGGUUGUGAUUGGCUGGGAGCCGCCGUUCCCUCUGAGAGCGGCGCCACGAUUGGCUGGGGUCUGAAGAGACGCUCACGCGCACCGCUUUUGUUAUUGUACAGCGAGAGAGAGAGAGAGAGAGAGAGAGAGCAAAGGGAAAAGAAAUAGCUAUAUAGACAGGGAGGAAAGAAAGAGAGGGAGAGAAAGAGAGAGACAGAAUAGGAACAGAGAGAGAGAGGGAGCAGUAGAGAAAGAGGGAGAGAGUGGGAGAGACAGAUAGAGAGAGAGACGGGGGGGGAGAAGGAUGCACGCUCGGCGCGGUUAGCACUCCUCUAUCUGCUCGGACACAGACGGAGUUUCUUUGGCAGGCUCGAGCUGAUGUAGCAGCAGGAUGUCGGUGAACCCCCCCAACAGUAAUGAUGCGUGCCUCAGCAUCGUGCACAGCCUCAUGUGCCACAGACAAGGCGGGGAGAACGAGGGCUUUGCCAAGAGGGCGAUCGAGAGCCUGGUGAAGAAACUCAAGGAGAAGAAAGAUGAGCUGGACUCUCUUAUCACUGCCAUCACCACCAAUGGAGUCCAUCCCAGCAAGUGUGUCACCAUUCAGAGGACGCUGGACGGCAGGCUGCAGGUGGCAGGGCGUAAAGGUUUCCCUCAUGUGAUCUACGCCCGCCUGUGGCGCUGGCCGGACCUCCACAAAAACGAGCUCAAGCACGUCAAAUUCUGCCAGUACGCCUUUGACCUCAAAUAUGACAACGUGUGUGUUAAUCCGUAUCACUACGAGAGGGUGGUCUCCCCGGGCAUCGUGGGUCUCAGUCUUCAGAACACAGGUCCCUCAGGCAGGCUGAUUAAGGAAGAAUACAUCCAUGACUGUAUUCAGAUGGAUGUUCCCCAGGGCUUGCCUCCCCAGCCUGAGCACCAGGGGGCGAUGAAGCUCCCUCCUCCAGAGCACUACAGCCAGCCACUGCCCCCAUUACAACUGCCUCCUGAACCAUCCCGUGGCCCCCCGCCUGUCACGCUUUACCCCAACAUGCCCCUCUCUCCCACUGCAUCUGGCCCUAUGAUGCCUAUGCAGGGUGGUCACAGUGACGGUCUUCUGCAGAUUGCGUCUCCCCAGUCUCAGGUCAUGACCCCCACGCCACCCCCCUCCACUCCAACCCACGGACCUCCUCAACCUCCAGCUCCUCCACAGCCACCUCCCAAUCAGAACGGCUACAACGGGUCCAAACACACACAGAGCCAGGGCUCUUUCCACACUACUUGGACGGGCAGCAGCACGGCCUCCUACACUCCUGUAGGACCCCAGCAAAACAACCGCGGUCACCAGCCCCCUCUUCACCACCCCCACUUCUGGUCUCAGCAUCACAGUUCACCUUCAUUUCCUCCUCCAGUCUCCAACCACCCAGGUCCAGAGUUUUGGUGCUCUAUCUCCUAUUUUGAGAUGGAUGUGCAGGUGGGGGAGAUGUUUAAGGUUCUGUCCAGCUGUCCAGUGGUGACAGUGGACGGGUAUGUGGAUCCAUCGGGAGGAGACCGCUUCUGCCUCGGCCAGCUGAGCAAUGUUCACCGCACUGAUGCCAGUGAAAGGGCCAGGUUGCACAUAGGGAAAGGCGUGCAGCUGGAGUGUCGGGGGGAAGGAGACGUGUGGAUGCGGUGUAUGAGUGACCACGCUGUGUUUGUUCAGAGUUAUUAUCUGGACAGAGAGGCAGGGAGAGCCCCAGGGGAUGCUGUGCACAAAAUCUACCCCGGAGCCUACAUCAAGGUGUUUGACCUCAGGCAGUGCCAUAGGCAGAUGCAGCAGCAGGCAGCCACGGCUCAGGCAGCCGCAGCGGCUCAGGCGGCCGCGGUGGCCGGGAACAUCCCGGGUCCAGGCAGCGUCGGGGGCAUUGCACCUGCAGUCAGUCUGUCGGCAGCUGCAGGAAUCGGUGUAGACGACCUGCGGAGGCUGUGUAUCCUGCGGUUGAGCUUCGUGAAGGGUUGGGGGCCUGACUACCCGCGGCAGAGCAUCAAACACACCCCCUGCUGGGUGGAGGUGCAUCUGCACCGUGCGCUGCAGCUGCUGGAUGAGGUUCUGCACACCAUGCCUCUUGCAGACCCUGGACCUUCCAACUGAGACGAAGGAGAGAAAAAAAACACACACACACAAACACAUACAUACACAGAUGUACACUGAGUUGCCAGUAUAUUAGAAACACCUGUCCUGUUUACGUACUCUUAUUGGCAUUAUCAGAAACACCUAUCGUAGGAGUGCGCUUUGUAGGUUUACAGUUACAGUUUUUGUUAGUCAUCCUCCAGACCUUCAUCAUUGGUCAGUUUUUGACUACAGAAUGUUUUUUCGAUAGUUGACCCACUCUCAACCUAGAACCUAGCAGAGACACUGAACUGUGUAAGAACCCCAGCAGCACCGCUGUGCCUGAUACCCUCGUACCAGCACCACGUACACUACCAUGAACUCUACAAUGUCAGUGUCUCUGCUGUGCUGAGAUCAAUCUGGUCAACAUUGGUCAAGUCUUGUUUCCUGUAUUUUAUUAAUAGGCUGACAAACUGUGCAGCAACAGAUGUGCAGAUUCUGAGAGUCUGUAACUGUACUUCUAUUAAGUGCACCUAUAUGAUUGGUUUCUGACAGUCAUGGAGUGUCGAUUGAAGGCAGGUUGGCAGUCUAAACUGGCAGUACACGGUAUAUACAGGCAGGUCGUAAAGUAUUUGGACAGUCACACAGUUGUUUGUUAUUUCUUCUCUCUACACCACCUCGGUAUAGACUUUCAACUUUGAUUUAAAGUGGUUUAAAAAUGUAAAUUUAAUUGUUAAGGAAUAGCAAUUUCUUUUACAUAGCCCCUCAUUUUCAUAGCCCCUCAGGCUCAAAAGCCUUUAAAAAAGCAAGACCAGUACUGUAACCUUUGAAUCUUUGAAUAUUUAAAUAGAUAAAAACAAAAUGAACUCUUAUUUACCUCCUAAGACCCAAACUUUUCCGUGGCAUGCAUUUUUUAUUUCUCUUUGGGCUAUUUGGGCUAAUUGGCACCUGAUUAGUGUAAAAACAAAGAAUAAUCUUUUUAUAUGAUGUAGUUCCUGAGAAAAAAUAUAUCCAGUUUUAUAUUUCAAAAUGAAGUCACAAUUAGUAAUGUUGUGCCCAGACACAGCAGCAUUUUUUUGCCUGAGUGCAAAACAAAAGUAGAAACAACAAUUGUGCCCCUUUGAGCAAUAUCGCUCAUUUGUAAUGCUGCUUCAACACAAGACAUAACAAAGUAAAUAAACAAAAACAUUUACUGUUUUUACUAUUUAUUUAAAUUUCUAAACAAAAACUAAACUGUAGCAUGUUUAACUCUUCUCUCACCACUAGGUGACAGUAUAAUGGCCUCAUAAGAGGACACCAGGCCCUUGUAGAGUAAAAUUUAGUGCUGUGGUCUAGACAACCCAAAAUGUGAUGUCCACAGGUCGUAGUAGGUUAAUGAAAGAACUAAUGAAAGUAAGUGUUCAUGUGCUGAACCAUACCACAUCUUCUGUCAAACAUGAAGUGCUGCAAGACUGAUAGGAUGUUAUGUAUAGGAGAAACUUAAUAGAAAAUAAUCAGCUUUUUCAAUUAUGACAACAGAUAAAUCCGCCACUUCAUUGUUUUUUACUUUUACUAGACAUGGAUAUACUUUAGAGUAUUUAGAGGUGAAAUGAGUUUUGAUGGGAGCCAUGAUGUCCCUUCCCACACUAAAAACUGAUUGGCUGACUCACUGACUCUUUGCAGAGAACAGGCCAAUCAGAACCAUCUCUGUUUUGCAACUUCCAGGAAACUAGUGACGUCUGAAUUAGUUUUGAGCCUAAAAAAGUGGAAGAACUGUCUGUAUUUUUUAAAUAGUUGAUGCAAUAUUGUUAUUAAACCCCUUUGAAUUGAAGUUGAAACUGCACUGAUGUGGUGCACAGACACAAAAUUAUAAAAAUUGUGUACCUGACUUUUAAACCUGACUGUAUACAUGCAAGCAAAUGUUACUCACCAUGAGAAAACAACACCACAGUUUUACAUUUUAAAACUCGCCGUAAUCCAAAAUGCAAACCUAGAACUCCUCAGUUGAGAUCCCUCAAAUUCUUGUUUUGCCAUGGAGUCGUUCUAUAAGGAUGAAAUGCAUUCUUUUGCAGUGUUGUGUUAUUUAAUGUACUUUAGCACUGCAUCACUUCAGAUCAAUGCAACGUUUCCACAGGGUUUUUAUUGCAGAUUAAGUUCAGGGAAAAUAGCUUUACUGUCCGUACACCUCUCCAAGCUUUUGCACAUCGUCUAAUGAUAGUAAUAAUACAGAGCAGACUGCAGCAGGGUUUGCAAUACUUAUAACCCUGUUCCAAAACAUUGAAUUUAUGGGAUCGAGUGGCAAAUCAUAUUAUUUGUCAGUAUGCACACCACAGACAAACACACACACAUAUUACCACACCUUACACACACUACAUGGUCUGAUAUGACUGGCAUGCAGGUGGACAUGAAGCUGCUGCUUUUUGAUCACUCAGCGCUCAGCGUUGUCAGCGUUGAGUUUGCGUCAGUUCGUCAGUCGCGUGGUAAAAACCACAGAGCUACUGUUUAUGUCAGUGACCUCAAAGCAGACCAGAGACCAGAGGACCCAACACGAGUAGUGUUAGUGAUCAAACACUGUUCAGGAACUCAGUUCAGCUCUGAAUUGAAAUUUUCUCAGAAUGGGUCAUACGGAUGAAAACAGAACAAACCUCGAAACUCUUACUGUCUCUGUGCUUGUGCUUGUGUUCCUCUGUGUGUGGAAUCCAGUUCCGCUCCCUGUGCUCAUUCUAAAGGCUGGCCGGCCAUUAGGGGUGUAAAGAUGCAACUUAUAAUGCAUCAGCCACAGUUCAGUCGCAUUGAUUUUAAAACAGUACAAUCAGUUUCAAUAAUAUUUAAAUAGGUAUUUAUCUCAGGCAAUUUUAAAACAUUUAAAUGCACUCAAAACGAGGCCAUGCUAUGUAGUACUACGUAUUAGUCAGAGGACAACCUUGAUUUAUUUUUUACUUAUUUUAUAAUUUCACAUGAAUAAGAAAAGAAAUCAAGAAAUAAGAAAUCAAGCUCCACUCUUGCUUCAGAUCUCUUCAGGUGUUUGUGUCCAUCCAUCUACUCUAAACAGAUAGCUUAUCACUGUGGGUCUGAAGGGAUGUGAUCUGAUCAAAAAGCACCUACUGAGACUAUUGAUUCGAUGAUUCGAUUGGUGAGACAUUUGAAACGUCAUAGAUGCGAAAAAAAAGCAGAUUAACUGAAAAUGAACAUCGUAAAAAUAAUAAAAGCUUAAAAAUUAAAUGUUGACUCAACAGAUACUAACUAAUGACACUUUUGAAUAGAAAUGAAAUAAAUGAAGGGACUACAUAAUUUGAUACAUUAAAAAGUUUUUUUUCUAUUGUCUAUAUCAUGCUUCUGUAAUUUAGUGUAAUAUAAAUGCCAGUCACAUUUGUGUAUUCACUUCAUUUUGAAAAAAACGAUCAAACUAAAAUUAAGAAUCUUUAACAAUUGAAAAAAGUUGAACUGAACUGAAUCAUUUUUGCAGUUACAUAUUUAUACCUCUAACUAACCGUCCAGCCACCCUCCUAGUUACACGAGCACAGCCUUCGAGCUUGUUUAUUUUCAUACCAAAAAGAAAAGAAAAAAAGAAACAAAACAAAGAAGCCGAAGUCGUUCAGCUUUAAAAUGGUGAUGUCGGUAUUUUGUGGUGAUGCAGUUUCGUGUUCGUAACCAAAUCAUUUUGCCAUGUGGUGUACGAUUUGCUAAAGCCAGAAUACCUCAUCAUAAUCUAGCAUGAACCCAAUAGAUUUACUUUAUAUGCCAAAAUAUGUCGGGUAAUCUUCAUUAUUUGCAUUCAUACACUCACCUCACGCUUUGACCAAAUCAGUACUGGGGGGUCAGAAAUGAAAGACAAGUCAUGCACCCACUGACAGAAUGCAAAUCAUCAACAUUUUGCUUAAAUCAUGUUCCUCUAUCACUCCAGUGUUUCCAGACUGCAGUCCUCUCUGGAUUGUAUGAUUUUUUAUUUAUAGCACAGAGUACAAUACUACUUCUUUAUAUAAUUAUAUAUCAGUAUUUGUUAUUUUAUAUACAGUAUUAAUACAAAUUGUAAUAAUACAAACUGCUUUAAUGAUAUCCAAAGAUUUUUCUUCAGUUAUUCUGCAAAAACCACUAUGGAAAACAAUGCAAACCACUUCAGUUAAGUUCUAAGAGUGCAAUUGUGCAGGAAUGCAAGCUUGGAACCACAUUAUGCAAUAUAGAUAUAUUCAAAAUAAUAUUGAAAUAUUAUAAAUUAGACAGUUAAAAUUAUUUUGGAUGUUUACUAAAUAUCUUAACUAUUUUAUAUCAUAUGAAUUAAAUAAUAAACAGUAUGCUGUAAUUAUCUAUAUAUGAUAUUUAACACAUUAUCUGCCUCAGGAUCUGCUUAUUAUUACUACUAUAGAUAUUAAUUUUAAAUAACUUAACUCAAACAUGUACAGAAAGAGUUUUUUCAGAUCAAACAACCUGCACCUCAGUUCUGUUUCCUUAUACACACACACAUAUAUAUAAAUCAGAUAUUGCGUUUAAAUUUUGUGGUUCAACAGAGUAAUUUAAAAAACUAACUAAUGAACUGGCCUGGACAGAAAUUAAGGCACCCCCUAGAAAAGAUUGUAAAUUAGAACAUGCAGCACAGAAAGCUAAAGAAAGAGUCUCAGGAGAUCAUAAAUCAUAAACAAACAUGUUAAACGUAAAGGCUGUAAGACUAUCUCCAACCAGCUUAAUGUUUGUGUAUCUCCAGUUGCACAUAUUAUACAGAGGUGUAAAAUCUGUAGCCAACAUUUGACAAUAACGCAUAUUGACACAGCACAAAGAUAAUUUUUUAAUGAUUCUGAUUCUGUCUGAAAGACAUAAUGUUUUUAAAAUGCAAUGCCUGAUUUAAUAUGGAAGUAAACCAAUACAUCAUACACACACAGUGUAUGAUUAUUAGUACAGACAAAUCAAAUGCUUUGUCACAUGGUGUGUUUGAGUACGGAGUUUGCUCUUCUGCCAUGAGCACGACAGAGAGCCAGACAGAUAUUCAUAAUUUCCGCAAAAUAAAUACAGCAGGCAAGGCAUUAGAAAAUAAUAAUAGUCACAGGACACUUAUGCAGGCUCCUAUCAGCAAGCAAUUCUAUACAACAAACAUUAAACCCAGGCGCAGACAUUUUCAACAAAAUAUGAUAUAGCAGGUCAAACACAGGACAACAGAGAGCUAUGACCCUCUAUCCUACUUAGUUAAUUUAAAGUUACUUUUUCAGAAUGUUAAAAAUAAAAUAAAAAGUUUUGCUUGGUCAAAACUUGCUUAAAACGGGUUACCAUAUUCAGAUAUUCAGUUACCUUUUUAUCUAAAAGUGACAAUAAAUUAAAUUGUAACUUUCCCUGGUACUAAUGAUCAAGCAUUAAUUAAAGGAUUAAGAUAAAGAAAAACAUUCAUUUACAGGACUGCAGUCAGGAAACACUGCUCCUAUAUCAUUGUGGUAAUUAUCAAUUAUUAUUGUCCCCAUAUAGAAGCUGCUGAUCACCAACAUCCCCACACCCCAUUUCCCAAGGUCUACCUUCUUUUAGAUACUAAAAUAAUACUGUAGUAUGUUUCAUCUGUAUCUGUGCUUGGUUAAUUGCCACAGAUUAAUUUUGAUGUGUCACUCAAAAACACUCUUAAACUACCCUGUCCUAUACUGUAUGUUGACCAUUGCUCUAGGGUAGGCAGCAACAGUGUUUCUAAAUUUUGUAAGUUUUUAGCUCAUUUUAGCUCAGCAAUGUUAAGAGCAGGUUCUCCUAGUCAAAAAAAAACUGCAGAAAGUAUUAGUACAGUGGAUUCAAAGUGGCUAAACUGACUAAUUAGAAGGGAUGUAUGCUUUUGGGCAUAUAAGGUAUUUUACCAUUCUUUUUUAGUAUAAUAAUCUUUUAUAAUAAUAUUUUUUGUGCCUUUCCCGGUCCCCCUCUAUGUAUCAUCCAACAAUUAUGUGUUCACAUAUAAUGACUUUGUGGGUGUAAAUGGUUUAAUUAGUGUGAUGAAGAAACCCCCCAGUAUGGAAUGUAACUACUUCAAUUCUGCACCAGUUAUUAAAAGCUUUCAGGUUUCAUUUGAGGAAAAAAGGUCCCUUGUAAUCGACCGGUUGUAAUUGGAUAAUGCAAAUGAUGCUGUUUCCUAGUUUUUUUCUGCAGGGUGGAUCAUGCUGGCUCAGGUCACAUAGAGAAUUACAAGCCUUUAAAUACAGCUACACUAUUUAUGCAUUCUGCCUUCUGUUUUUUCUUGUUGAGCGUUCUUUAGCACACAUUGGUUUUAGAUGUCAGGUAUUGCUCAUUGUCUAGUGAGUGCCUUUGUGCCGCUGUGUGUUGCACUGGGGAUGAAACCUAUGGUUAAAACCUGUACUUUAAAUUCACACUACAAAGGCAAAGUAUGCUUGCAUUUUUAUGUGCAAUUAGUGAUGAAUAUUUUGUUUUAUUUCUCUAAGCUUGAAGUCUGUUCCAUGACACCAAUCCAUUCAGCUCCGCUUUAACCUGUACAUAACGUUUAAUACAAAAACCAUCAGUGUAUUAACAUGUAAUUUAGUAAUUUUAAGCUAAAAGGCAUCUAUUAUGAAAUAGAAAUAGACUAGAAUUCAAUUUUGGUACUGCAUAGCUUGCUUAUUGCUGUAACUCAAAAACAACACUGGGUCAAACCCAUCAAUUAAUUAGUGAUAUAUUAGCGAGUAGGCUGAUCUGUUAUUGUCCAGUUUGUUUUGCCUUAAAAAAAUGAUUAAAUACAGUAAAAUCUACUGCAACUGUUGCCAUUAAGUGAACGUAUGUUUAUUUGUAACACUGUAGAGGUCACCUCAUUCACUCAGACUUAGUCUAUUCUGCACCAGUUAUCCUAGAUUAGAUUUGGUGUUUUGUUGUAUCUGAGGAAGGAGAAUUUCCUUUAGUCAAUUAGUCACUGCUCAGAAGAUUAAAGCCUUCUUCAAACUAAAAAUGUCUACCCCCCUCUGCAACGCACGCUGUAUAAGGUUUGUAACAUGAUGAAAUUAUGUGCGUCAGUAACAUGACAAUCAUUCAAAUGGAAAAUCUGAAUCUAAAGCAUUCCAUGUAUUCUUACGAGUAUUUAUCAGUAUGUUAUCUGGCGUGGAAAAAAUGACUAUUUUAUUGAUAUUGUUAUUUCAAUUAUUGUUGUAAUUAUAAUUAUUUUAUUGUUCAAGGACGUUCUGCUCCUGUAUGUUAACUGUACACCAAAGUUAAGUAAAAACAACAUUUUGAUACAAA